CGCCGGCCCCCGCCGCCGCCUCCCCGCCGGCCCCCUUCCUGCUGCUGGAGCCGCCCCGCACCCGCUCCCGGUCCCGCUCCGGCUUCCUCACCCUCGCCAUGAGCGGGGCCGCCGCGCACUUCCAGCCGCCGCCGCCCCUCCACGGGCCGAGCCUCCCGGAGCAGGGAGCCCGCAGCCAGGGCAGAGGCAGCCCCGCCGGCCACGGGCACCCCCGGGCCGCCCCCGCGCCAGGUAGUACUGGUGCUUCCUUCCAAUGCCAGUCAAUCCAUCAAGACCACAUUUGUAAUGAUGACAGUGACAAGAGUGAAGACAGUCCGAGUCCUAAGAGACAACGCCUUUCUCAUUCAGUCUUUGACUAUACAGCAGCAUCACCAGCCCCAUCACCACCAAUGCGACCAUGGGAGAUGACAUCAAAUAGGCAGCCUCCUUCAGCUCGACCCAACCAACAUCACUUCUCAGGGGAACGAUGCAACACACCUGCACGCAACAGGAGGAGUCCUCCUGUUAGACGCCAGAGAGCGAGAAGGGAUCGCCUGUCUCGACACAAUUCCAUUAGUCAAGACGAAAACUAUCACCAUCUCCCCUACGGACAGCAACAAGCAAUAGAAGAGCCCCGAGCCUUCCACCCACCGAAUGUAUCCCCCCGUAUGUUGCACCCAGCCGCUCAUCCGCCACAGCAGAAUGCAGUGAUGGUCGACAUUCAUGAACAGAUCCACCAGGGCACAGUCCCUGUCUCAUACACAGUAACAACGGUGGCACCACAUGGGAUUCCGCUCUGCACAGGCCAGCACAUACCAGCUUGUAACACACAGCAGGUCCCAGGAUGUUCUGUGGUUUUCAGUGGACAGCACCUUCCCGUCUGCAGUGUGCCUCCUCCAAUGCUUCAGGCAUGCUCAGUCCAACACUUACCAGUACCAUACGCAGCAUUCCCACCCCUUAUUUCUAGUGAUCCGUUUCUUUUGCAUCCUCCUCACCUCUCUCCGCACCAUCCUCCUCACCUGCCACCGCCAGGCCAGUUCGUUCCCUUCCAAACACAACAGUCACGGUCGCCACUUCAAAGGAUAGAGAACGAAGUAGAACUUCUUGGAGAACACCUUCCGGUAGGAGGUUUUACCUACCCUCCCUCAGCCCAUCCACCAACAUUGACUCCCUCAGCCCCUCUCCAGUUCUUAACGCACGACCCUUUACACCAGGAGGUGUCCUUUGGAGUACCUUAUCCACCCUUUAUGCCUCGAAGACUCACAGGGCGCAGUAGAUACCGAUCCCAGCAGCCAAUACCACCACCCCCUUAUCAUCCCAGCCUGUUACCAUAUGUGCUAUCAAUGCUUCCAGUGCCACCUGCAGUUGGACCAGCUUUCAGCUUCGAGUUGGAUGUGGAAGAUGGAGAGGUGGAAAACUAUGAGGCGCUGUUGAAUUUGGCAGAACGAUUGGGAGAAGCCAAACCACGAGGACUGACAAAGGCAGACAUAGAACAGCUUCCAUCUUACAGGUUCAAUCCAAACAACCACCAGUCAGAACAGACUUUGUGCGUAGUAUGCAUGUGUGAUUUUGAGUCAAGGCAGCUACUUAGAGUCUUACCUUGUAACCACGAGUUCCAUGCCAAGUGUGUCGAUAAAUGGCUUAAGGCAAAUCGUACCUGCCCAAUUUGUAGAGCUGAUGCUUCAGAAGUGCAUCGUGAUUCAGAAUGACCAAUCUAAGAGCACAAUUCUAGUUUGGGUGUUCCUAGUCACAUGUAUAGACGAACUAUCCAUUGAACUUACCCGUGUGGCUGCCAGCCUUCCCUUUACACAAAAGGGUCAAUGGACCUUUUUUUGCACUGUGUGAUUUAAUCAAUUAUAAAGCUUAUAAUUAGUCUUCACAAUUAUGGGAUUGUUAUACUAACCGUGUGAUUGGAACUCCAAAGAUUUUAUUUUCUUUAGCUUAAUUUUGUGUGUGCACUAACAUUCCCUGGUUUUUGUGUGAUCAUUCCAAGUGUUGCUGCGAGAUUACAGUGGACGUGAUCUUUUAGCAUGUGCUUUUAUAAAAAGUGGUAGCUCCAAACAAUAUAGCAAUCUACCUUAUAUAGAGCCUUCAGAUACUGUGAGUGGGAGCGAAUGGUGUGGGUGGGAGUAUGUAUGCGCACACCAGAGUUUGUGUGGGGUGUGCUAGCGAGUGUGUGCGUAUGUCUGAGAACCUAUAUACCAGCAUGUACUGAGAACGUAUGUGAGUAGUAUUAAUUAUGCUGCAAUGUAUAAUCUUGUGUGUUAUUUAAACAGUACUAGUACUGUACACUGGUUUCUUUCCUUGUGUUUGCAGUUGCACACUGAAUGCUAAGGGUGCAGCAAUUAUAGGCAUUUAAUAUUUCCUCCCCAAUGUACUUAAUGGUAUAAAAAGACCUUUUAACUUUUAUUCAGACAACUGUUAUUGCUUCCCCUUCACUGGCGGUUGUAAAUGUACCACUAAAGAGUGCAUUGAUUGCGCAAUACAUGAUUAAUCUUGUUUUUAGCUCAUGUCAUAAAAUCCAAAUUUUACAUUU